AUGGCCGGUGGUGCAGUCGUAGCUGGCGGUAGUGGUGGUAACCCACUCCGACAUGGUUUCAUCAGGAGAGAGUACUUAUGGGCUUUCAUCCUCGUCACAUCCCUUUUCUUCUUAUGGGGUUUCGCAUACGGUCUCCUUGAUGUGCUCAACAAGCACUUCCAAAACGUCUUGGGUAUCACCAAGCUUCAGUCAACUGGUCUUCAGGUCGCUUACUUUGGUAUUGGUUACUUUGCUUUUUCUCCUGUCGCCGGUGAAGUUUUAAAAAGACGUGGAUACAAAACCGCUAUCGUCAUGGGUCUCUCUCUUUACUCCUUGGGUGCCAUAUUGUUCUGGCCAGUCGCCAAAUUUUCAGUCAACACCAAGAACCCUCAAGCGAUCUUUGGUGGUUUCGUCAUUUGUACCGCUGUGAUUGCCUGUGGUCUAGCUACACUGGAAGUCGCUGCCAACUCCUACGUAUCGGUCAUGCCACCUCACAACGUUGCCAAUUUCCGUCUUCAAUUCUCCCAAUCAUUCAACGGUGUCGCCUCUUUCACUGGUCCAUUGAUCGCUUCUAAAUACUUCUUUUCUGAAGAAAACAAAAACAAUCUUAACAACGUUCAAUGGGUCUACCUCGCUGUGUCCGGUAUGGGUAUGCUCGUCGCCCUCGCUUUCAUCCUCACCAAACUUCCCGAAGUAUCCGAAGAAGCUCUUCAAGCUGAAGCUGAAGCACUUGCCGAAGCCCACGGUGCCGAUACCCAAGCCGCUCAACCUUUCUACAAGCAAUACCGAGCUAUCACCGGAUUCGUCGCUCAAUUCCUCUACGUCGGUGCUCAAGUUACUAUCGGUUCUUUCUUCCUCAACUAUACCGCUGAGAACGCCCAUAUCGCCGACUCGAAAGGUUCCCAGUUACUCUCCUACGCUCUUAUUAUCUUUACCGUCGGUCGAUUCGUUGGUACCGCCCUUCUCGCCGUCGUCUCAGCUCCUGUCCUCCUCUGUAUCUACGCCAUCAUGUGCACCUUGCUAUCCCUCUUGAUCGGUUCUCUUCACGGAAUGAGCGGUGUCAUCUGCUUGAUGUUGGUCAUGUUCUUCGAAUCAAUCAUGUACCCAUGUAUCUUCGUCUUGGGUACUUCAGGCCUUGGUAGACACACUAGACGAGCUGCCGCCUUACUUGUUAUGGGUGUCAGUGGUGGUGCCGUGUUCCCUCCUAUCCAAGGAGCUAUCGCCGAUAAAUUCAGCACUCGAACCUCAUACUACCUCGUCGUACCAUGUUUCAUCUACAUCGCCCUCUGGGCCGUCUACAUCUGGAACAAGGAUGGUCGAAGAUUCGGCGUACCUGCCACUAGCGAUAUCGAACGAGAAGUAGAGGCUGCCGUCGGUGGUGUCGUCCCUGCUGCUGCCGUUGGUGCCCUUGGUUACACUCACAAACAGGAGGAAGAGAUGUACGAGACUGCCGAAAAAGAUCAAAUUGAAACCGUCGAAAAGGCUUAA